AUGUGGCAUGAAGCAAGAGCAAAUGAAAAACGGAUCAAGGAAUUGAUGGUGGAUCACAAGAAGCGUGCUGAACGACGACGCGCAUAUUAUGAGUCGCGGCUGGGGGAUCCACGGCAACUACUACGUGUUAUUGGCUCAUCUUGCAAGCUAUAUCCUGAUGCAGAGCAGUAUUACUAUCACGAGAACACUGAUAAUUUGAUGCCAUGGCCUGUGGAUCCCGACAUUAGGAUUGAUCGGUUUGAUGGUCGUUCACUACUUGAUUACAUCCCUGGUCCCUAUACCAAGCAAGAGUUUGCAACAAAGCAAGAUAAGGAUAUUCAGGACGAGCUCAACUUUGAACGAUAUCAUGAUUUGGUGGAGAUGGAACGGCUGCAAGUGGAAGAGAAGCAACGUCUCAUUGAAGUGGAAACCGAGUGGACCAAAUUACUGGAUCGACACAAGGCCUUGUUGGCUAUGCUAAACAACAGCGGCAGAUCAAAGUCUCAGAGCUUUCACACCUUUGACUAUGGCACAAAUGACUCAAACGAGAAUAUGGAUCAUGAGCAAGAAUCACAGCUAUUGAAAGAUAUCCUUUUUUCUCAUUCAAUCAACGAUCCAUGUGCGACUUUUGAAAUAUCAACCACCUUGACUGAAAUGUUUACAGGCCGAUAUCUUGCAAUACGUUGA